CCGAUGAACUCAAAUCUUUUGCGGCCCAGAAGCCAGGUGUGAUAAACGUCACGGUAGAUCCUUAUGUUGGUGCUGAAAGUGGGAGACUUCAGCACAAGAACUGAGUUGAAGCCAAAUUAACAUCAGAAGGGGUGAUGGAAGAGGCUUUGUUGCUGAAAAAUGGAGAUAGGAAGUUGGUGCCGAUCGCACCGAAGGCGUUUGUGGAAGAGCUGAAGAAGGUGACUGCCAUAGCAGCACCGAUGGUAAUGGUGACCAUGUCGCAGCACCUCUUGUGCGUCACACCCAUGAUAAUGGUGGGACACAUUAGUGAACUUUCCCUCUCCAGUGUUGCAAUUGCCACCUCUCUAACCAACGUUACCGGCUACAGUGUCCUUUUUGGGAUGGCAGGAGCAUUGGAAACCCUGUGUGGGCAAGCUUAUGGAGCAGAGCAGUAUAAAAAGCUAGGAACUUAUACUAAUGGAGCAAUAUUGUCCCUCAUUCUGGUUUGUCUACCGAUAUCUCUUCUCUGGAUCUUCAUGGAUAAACUGCUUGUGUUCUUUGGCCAAGACCCCAUAGUUUCUUUGGAAGCUGGCAAAUAUGCAAUUUGGCUAAUUCCCUCGCUGUUUCCUUACGCUAUUCUGGAAUCAAUGGUUCCGUACUUGCAAACUCAGAGUUUGAUCCUUCCAAUGCUUUUAUGCUCAAUUGUCACGUUAUCUUUUCACAUACCUCUUUGUUGGGCUUUAGUUUUUAAGUCUGGGUUAGGAACUAAGGGAGCAGCAUUGGCAAUUAGUUUGUUGUAUUGGGUGGAUGUGAUCGCGCUUGGGCUUUAUUUGAAAUACUCUCCAGCAUGUGAAAAAAGCCGCGCUCCUUUCUCAAGGGAUGUUUUCCUGAGCAUUGGGGAGUUCUUCAGCCUCGCUCUUCCCUCUGCCGGAAUGGUUUGUCUUGAAUGGUGGUCAUUUGAACUACUCGUAUUGUUGUCUAGGCUUCUGCCAAACCCAGAACUCGAAUCUUCCGUGCUUUCAAUCUGGUAUGCUUCUUCUCUAUUCUUGUGAAUUUCGGUUAUAUGAACUUUUUCAACUUAAGUGCUUAUCAUAUUUUACCAUAUGUGUGAACAGCCUGACAACUACUUCACUGCACUCCCUCAUACCAUAUUCUAUCGGUGCUGCUGCAAG